AUGAGCAAUGAGCAAUAUGUGGCUCCCAAGUUUCCACCUCGACUUGAGUGGUGGGAGAUAUACAGAGGUCCGGACAGAGCUGGGGAGCUUUUAGCAGCAUUUGAACUUCUGCAGAAACCAUUUGAUCCUUCGGAUUUGAAAGCAGCUUACCUAACACCACCUUAUGCAAGAAAACAUGUUUCACUGUUGGCUAACCUGAGUGACACAGCAAACCAAGAAUUGCCUUCAUCUGAGCUUCCGUUAAUGACAGACAGAGGUCCUAUACUUCCUGUGCCAAAGGGUAUACGGCCUGUUCUUAGCAAACAUCGAAUUGAGGAGCUCCCAGACAAUGAGCAGUACUGUCCACCCAUCACAAUCCGAUGUGUCGACUGUCGCAGUUUUGGUCGUUUCACUUUAGUGGGAACACAUGUCAUCAGUAAUCUGCACAAGUUUAUGUAUGUCCCCACCACCAAGAAUACCAAACAGGCACUGCAGAAACUGUUCCCAUGUGAGUAUCUUUCACUUGUUAGCAGUGUUGCCACUUUUCUUUGA